CGGGCCAUGCGCGGAGGUGGGUUUGAACCGUGGCGGGCGCUGCGAGCUCCCGAGCUGUGUCGCCAAUGGAGCCCGCGCUGAAAGGUAUUUCUGCCUUUGUAGAAGUUUGGUCGUCUAACAGAACAGAAAAUUACUCAAAAACCUUUGAACAGCAGCUUCUUGAUAUGGGAGCAAAAGUUUCAAAAACUUUGAACAAGCACGUGACCCAUGUAGUCUUCAAAGACGGACGUUUGACUACAUGGAAGAAAGCACAGAAGAUGGGUGUAAAAAUAGUUUCUGUACUCUGGGUGGAAAAGUGUCAAGAAACUGGAGUCCAUGUUGAUGAAUCCCUGUUUCCUGCAGUAGACACUAAUGAAGGAUUUCUACUACCAAUCAAAAAACACAAAUGUAUGCAGCCAAAAGACUAUGUAGAAAAAACUCCAAAAAAUAACAGAAAGCUUCAGAGAAGACUGAACCAAAUGGCUAAAGAGUUAGCUCUACAAAAGACAGCAGUUAAUGCUGAUACAGAUGUACCAGUUUUAUUAUUUGAAGACAAUGGUUCACUUAUAUACAGCCCUGUUAUUAAGACAAAAGAUCAAUGCAAUGAAAUGGAAAGAAGAAUAAAGGAUAUGAAGGAAAAAAGAGAGAAUCUUUCUCCUACUGGUUCACAAAUUACUCAAGCACUUCCAAGUAACUCAUCAGGAGACUGCCCACUUUCUACUUGUAUCUUAACUAAUUCAGAAGAUGAGCUGCUACCUGAAGAACAAAUGGAAGACUGCUUGAACUCAAGUUGUGAUUAUCUUUGGAGAACUGAGACAUUAAAGGGACAGAGAACAGCGGUAGCAGAACAUGCCUGUGAUGGUUGGACUGAUAUUCAUGUGUCCAUGAGCGCAUCAGUGAAUUCUCCAUCACAUGGUAAUGAGGAGAAGACAUUAACACCAAAACGACAUACCAGAAGUUUAACAAAGAAACAGAUUAUACAGCCUAUUUUGGAUGACAGAUUGUCUUUAGGAAAGAAACAUUUAAAGUUUUCAAAGAAAAAUCAGAAGAACAAGAAGAGCAAGACUACUUCAAUUGCAAAUGAAAGUUCUCUUCUUGAGAGCUUUGAUCAUAUUACUCCUUCCAAAAAAAUAGUCCAGUUAAAUACUGUUCCUGCUUUGACUGAUAGUCUCUCUAAUUCUCUCACUAUGAAUAGUGAAUACUUAAAUGCAUAUUCACUGGAUAAAAGCUUCCCUGUCGACAGAAAUGACUGUGUUCUUGAAGACAAGAAGAGGAAAAAACGACAAACAUUACCAAGUUUGAAGCUGGCUACCUCAGAACUGGGUGCAUCAGGCUCUAAGGGGUUCUUGCAAGCAGUUACUACACAUAGCAAGUCUUACUGCACUGAAGAGGCUUCUUAUGAAGACUUCUUUUCAUCAUGUAAUUCAAAUGAAAAUGAAGUACAGAUACAAGUUCCAAAGGAAUCACAGAAUCCUCCUGAAAUUUGUUGCAAAGACUCUUUUACAAGCAUGGACCUACAUGAUGUGAGUUUCUGUGAGCCAUGUAACACUACUAAGAUAAGUAGGAGGACGUCUAUUUCAGUAAAUGAUUUUCCAGUAAAGCAAAAAAUCAAACCAGCUAAACAUCCAGGAAGCAUACCAUUAAAUAUAUCAGGUGGUGAAAAAGAUGACACUGGAGAAGCUCUAGAUGCUGAUGAUGUGAACAGGCUGCCACAGCAUGCUCAUGAAAAAUCCUACAACAGUGUAAAUGUCUGUGCUCAUACUUCUGGUGGUGAAGAUGAAGUUUCAGAGUGUCACAUUACUGAUGGCUCUUGUAAAAUUUUUAAUGAACAAAAGAAUAACCACACUGGGGGCUUAAGAAAAGCUGGAAGACUCCAAAAGCCAACAAGGACGCUAGUUAUGACAAGUAUGUCUUCUGAGAAGCAAAAUACAGUAAUUCAUGUCGUGAAGAAACUUGGAGACUUUUUGUUCUCAAAUGAAGUGUGUGAAACAACAAGUCAUGUAGUUACUGGGAGUCCUCGUCGUACCUUGAAUGUUAUGCUGGGAAUUGCUCGUGGGUGUUGGAUUGUUUCUUAUGAAUGGGUUCUGUGGUCUUUGGAAUUAGGCCAUUGGAUUUCAGAGGAACCAUUUGAGCUUUCAUCCAGCUUCCCUGCAGCUCCUAUCUGCAGGCUUCAGCGUCAUCUAUCAACAGGAAAAUACCAGCAGAAUCUCUUUUCAAACCAGCCUGUCAUGUUUGUAUCUCCGACCAGUCAGCCCCCCUGCAAACAGCUAACUGAACUUAUACAGCUGGCAGGAGGGAAAAUAUGUAAAGCCUUACGUCAGGCAAAAAUCUGUAUAGGAAAAAAACCAGGAAAGAAGUACCAGGAAAUAAUAUCUUUAUCAGAAAAAUGGGUAUUAGAUUCAAUCACUCAGCAUACAAUAUGUCCUAUGGAAAACUACAUUUUUCAGAUGUGAGCUAACUCAAGAAUUUCCAUAUGGUUGUGAGGAAACACGCCUAACUUGGAUUCAACAAAAAAAUAAGCUGUGAAGAAAAUUUUGGAGAAAAUGCAAGUUACAGACUUAUAAGUACAGAGGAAGAAUUCCUAUAUUUUUAAUAUUUGUGCAAGUGUUCAUCUUGUGAAAUUUUUAGAUUUUGAAAUAAAAUAUUUCCCUAGUAAAAGUCAUCUUCCUUUUAUUUAUUUGUUGAAGACCUUUGGAACUAAAAGCUGAAGGAAUCACUAUUCACUGGGAGGGAGUGGAACUUUCCAGUCUUCAGGCAAGGUUGGUCAUGUUGCAGUGCAGUAAAAGAUGUGCACUCAGCGUGGGUGAGUGUGCCUGAGCUGGGUCUGGUGCAGUCAGCAGGAGCUGUGAUCCCAGGGCAGAUGCAGGAAUCCUGUUGGCUCUUCUAGUCCAAGUGCCUCUGCACACACCUGUAGGGCCAUGUUGCCACAUCUUCACCACCACUGCUAAAUACAUUUCUUUGGCAAAAGAAUAAGGCUGCCCAUGG